ACAUCUAGAUGUUUAAAUUGACAUUUACUUCCAAAAAGGUUAACAAGAAAUAAGAAGGUUUUGAUGAAAACAAAACAAAAAGAAACAAAGAGCGUAAGAAUAAUGGAAAUUUAAAGGAAAAGAAAAAAAAUAGAAAAUAAAUUAAAUAAGGAAACGUCAUCUCUUCUUUUUAUCUCUCAUUUAUAAGCUCCUCCCUUCUCUCUCUGUCUUUCUCUAGAUCACCUCUCUCUUAAGUGAUUGAUUUUCCACCAUAUCUGCAAAGUCUUACCUUAGAAGAAAGCUUUUAUAGCUAAAUUCAGAUAUGGUUUUCUCCUCUCUUCCAGUGAAUCAGUUCGAUUCACACAACUGGCAGCAGCAAGGAAACACACAACAGCUAGACCGUGUCACAUCUGACCAGAACCCUUUACAACAUUUCUCAUCACCACCGGCUGCUCAGGCUGGCUCGAGCCAAGCCAGGGUGAAUUCAAUGGUAGAACGUGCUCGGAUCGCGAAAAUCCCAUUGCCUGAAGCAGCUCUAAAGUGCCCUAGGUGUGAAUCCACCAAUACUAAGUUCUGUUACUUCAAUAACUACAACCUUACUCAGCCUCGCCAUUUUUGCAAGACAUGUCGCCGUUAUUGGACACGUGGCGGUGCACUGAGGAAUGUUCCUGUCGGAGGAGGCUUUAGGAGGAACAAGAGAAACAAACCCAACGGCGGUGGGAGAUCGAAAGCUACGGUCGCGGUUUCGGCUGAUAACAAUAAUACUACUUCAUUGCUUUCUUGUCACCCAAGUUACUCAAACCCUAGCAAGUUUCUUAGCUACGGCCAAAUGCCAGGGUUUAAUUCCAACUUGCCCAUAUUGCCUCCUUUCCAAAGCCUUGGAGAUUACAUUUCAAGUAACAUUGGAUUGGAUUGGAGUUCUAGUGGUGGAAUUGUGGAUCCAUGGAGAAUACCUUCAUUGCAACAAGCUCAGCAAUUCCCUUUCUUGAUCAACGCGAAAGGGUUGGAGCAACCUUCAACUGUGAUGUAUCCAUCACUAGAAGGCAAUGAAGGUGUUAGCUAUGCUAAUCCUCAAAAAGAGGGUAGUGAUUAUUCCAGUCAGCUAAGGUCUAAACCCUUGAUGGAUAUGGCUUCAAGUGGAGAUCAGACCGCACAAGCUAGAAAUGUGAAGGCCGAAGAGAAUGAUCAGGGUGGGAACGGACUGAAUAACUUCUCUAGAAACUUUUUGGGGAAUAUUAACAUAAAACCAGUGGAGGAGAAUGAUGGAUACACAUCUUGGGGAGGUAGUAGCAACAUUAGUAGUUCAUGGACUGGUUUCAGCUCCAACAACUCAACCGGCCAUCUCUCAUUCUAAGUAUGCAGCAAUUUUUCUUGAUGAUUAUUUUGUUGGUUGGGUUAUACAUGGAUCGCUUGUCAUGGGAGCUAUAUAUUACUGAGGACUGAGGAGAAAUCAGGCCAUGGAUAAAGGAGCUAUAUAUAUAUGAUCCAAAGGCUAAUUUUGGGGCUCAGGGGGGAGAUAUGGUUAUAGUAUUAUGUUUUCGGUCUUUUAGAAGAUAUUUAGAGUGUGAGUAUGUUUAUCAAAAUUGGUGUUAUUGGCUAUAUAAAUAGAAGUGUGGGUUCAGUAUUAAGGAGUUGUAGUGGAAACUUUUGUUUAUGUGUGUGAUUGAAUAAUCUAUCGAAUUCUCAAUUUCUUAUAAACCCUUUACGAGA